CGCGCUCUUCCGCGCUCUUCCCUUGUUCGUUUCUGAUUUUCCCGCGUUCAGAUAAUUUUUCUUCAUCGUUAAUUCUCAGUGUUAAUAGAUACUCUUGUAUGUGUCAUAAUUUCAAUCUGAGAGCUUUCCCAGAAAACGUCUUGGUUUCGAUCCAUUGAGGUUAUAGUUGAACUCCAUGAACUCUCGCGAGGUUGCUGUACUCUCCUCCGCGGCCGUUUUCGGGGCUUUGGCAUCCGCAAUUGCCUUCCGCUUCUUCUUCUUUCCAAAACAUCAUCAAUCCAAAUUCAACUCUUCGCAAAACGGAACAGUUUUGAAGAACCGCUCUUCACGAGACCCUUUCGAUCCCUCCAAACGAAAAGAAUAUUUGUCCUGGGAUGAUUAUUUCAUGGCAAUUGCUUUUUUGUCGGCUGAAAGAUCCAAAGAUCCUAACAGGCAGGUGGGGGCAUGCUUGGUGAGUCAAGAUGGUAUAAUUCUUGGCAUUGGCUAUAAUGGAUUUCCAAGAGGUUGUUCAGAUGACAAGCUGCCUUGGGCAAAGAAAUCCAGGACCGGGAAUCCUCUGGAGACAAAGUACCCUUAUGUUUGUCAUGCAGAAGUAAAUGCUAUCCUUAACACAAAUCAUGCCUCUGCUGCGGGACAGCGCCUGUAUGUGACCAUGUUUCCUUGCAAUGAAUGUGCUAAGAUCAUAAUCCAGUCGGGAGUUUCUGAAGUUAUUUAUUUCGUGGAGAAGAGAUUCGAAAAUUCAGAUGCCGCAUAUGUUGCCUCACACAAGCUACUUUCAUUGGCUGGGGUAAAAGUCAGGAAACAUCAACCACAGAUGAAUGAAAUCCAUAUCAAGUUCGAGGAACGCUAGAUUUUGAUGCCCAAGUCUUCUGUUUGAACUUUGACUCUACACAUGUGACUUGUCUACCAUCAUUGUCUUGAAAACUGAUUCCAAGAUGAUGACUGCUCUAUGUUAUAAAAUUCUACAACCUUGUGAUAAGGGCAUAAGAUUUUUCCAAUCACAGGUUGGCGAGGCAGAUUUUUGUUAAGCGUACAGAGUGAAUGUAUUUGAGUGCAUUCAAAGUCUUAAUCUGGCAACUGUAGCCGGAGAGAGACCUGGCUGCGUGCAAGAUUUUCCUUGAUUCUUUUCAUUGUAUCUGUCUGAAUUGCAAAUAGCGUGUUUAAUUCGCUUGACUCCGUAACUCAAAUCUUAAAUUGUCUCCUAAUCGAGCCAUUUAUUAUUUUCUCAUUAUCUUA